GUAACACCAAUGACAUAUAAAACUGAUGCCCAAUUUCUUAGAUCUUGAUUACUAUGAUUUGCUUUUACGAGAAUUUAAUAAAUAUUCAAAUUUAUAUAUAAAUUCAACAAAUUUCAAAAUGCCAACCUCAGUUAAUUCUGACUCAUUUUUAUCAAAAUGUAUCAGUGCACAAAGGGUAUUUAUAUCUGAUGUAAAAUUGAGCCUUGUUGAAGAAUUUAACAAAAAACUGAAGAAUGUGGAGCCACAGUUAGAAGGUUUAAAUGGUAUUUUAUCACAAUCUCAACUAUCUAUUCCAAGUUCAUCACAAGAAUCAAAAGUUUUCCAAAUUUCAUCAUUAAUCCAUGAAAAAUUUGAUUACUGUGACAAUGCUGAUGAUAUGCAUCCUGCUAUUUUGCCUGAUUAUAAUAUCCUACCAAACAACAAAUAUGAUCCUUUGACAUUUUACAAAAGAACACAAUUAAGUGAAUUGUUGCGGACACAAACUGUCUUUGAUCCCUUGUCAACAUGCACUAGACAAUCGUUUGAACAAAAAUAUAUAGACCAACACCUUCCUUAUAAUACAUCCGAAAAUUUUAAACCGUUUAGAAGUUGUAAAAAACCGAAAAAGAUUAAAAUAAAUUUAACGGAUCAAGAAAACUUCGAUGGCUUAAAGAUGGUCGAUGAAACAAUCGUUCAUCAUUGCGCGAUCGAACAUUUCGAUAUCGACAAAAAAUUGGCUAAAAAUAUCGGUUCGCCUCUCAAAUUGUUAGAUGACGAUUCGCUCGUAUUUUCGAGUCACGUGAAAAAUUUUCACCCCCGUCUGAACAACUAUUUUACGGAUCACGGAAAUGAGGAUAGCGAUGACGAUAUGCGCGUUAAAUAUAGGCUUGGCCUUAAAAAACGCAUAAAAUGGGAUCUACCGAAUAACGGCGAAUCGAAUAUUUCCAAGACAGGUGAUAGCGAAUCUCGUUUCGAUUUCGAAUCUUUUAUGAUCGAAGAACCUCUGUUUAACGCUUCCCCCCGAUCCGACAUUUCAAAAUACGCUUACGGUCGACAUUUAAAUGGCGAAAUUAAACGAGUAGGACCCUACUAUACGAAAUCCGACGCUUACUCCGGUUGUAAGAACUUUCUAAUCACUACCGCGUACCCAUUAUUUCGUUACGAUAGCCGUUCUUCUGUAUCCCAAAUUUACACGGCGGAAUUGAUGUGGUGGAAGCGGUCACCGUCAAAUAAAACGGACGCCCGGAACGUUAGCGAAUCGUAUUUACGACCCAUAGGCCCUUGCAGACUACUCAAAUUCGUGACCCCCCAGGGCAAAUCGAACAUCGAGGAAGCGAUUUCCUAUUACGCCGCCUCUAGAUGUAACAAGAUUUUGAAUCAUCGCACUUUGCCUCGAGAUGCGAUCGCGUUUUUGCCUUUUGUCAUAGCGAAGAAAUUUGCCGAGUCUCUCAUUCAAUCCAACACGAAGAAGAGAUUCUUGGCUAGACCUUCCAUCAAUAGACUAUUCAUAUUGCGUAGCUUGCAUACUAUCUUUCAAGAUAUCGGGUGGUCAGAUAUGUUUGUUAACGAUGGAGAUAACGAAGACAUUUCGAAAUAUUUUGAUAUCGUUGAAGCUAGUUUAAUGGAACAAGACGCCUCAUUACCCGAUAACGCAGAUCGCCAUCAAAGCCCAUUAAAAAGUGAAUUCUUGGAAAUGGACGCUGCAUUGUUAUUGGUUUUAAGUUCGAUUGAUAUCCAUAGGGAAAUGUUGUAUAAAUCCUUCUCCAAUAUCGCGGCCUCUCUGUGCGUCGAUUCAUUCUAUCAAGAACUCGCUGGAAUUGACGAACUGUGCCAGUACGGCUACUCUAACGACUCGUGGGACGUCUUUCAAUCCAACUUUAAACGUAUUCUCGUGAACUCACUACGCCCUGCCAUGGACAAGAGUGGUUGCCAGAUUGAAAUUGACGCUUUGAUGUCGAAAAAUCCUCACUUAAGACCCUUAUCCACCUUCAUGCACUUUUUGUAUCAAAUGUCUAUCUUGUACCAUCUUGCUCUUGACUACAACUAUGUAUGCCUUUUUUCCGCUCUAAAUCUAGUGUUAAAUUCUACCAAUCAGCGCGUUAAAAAUCUCAAUUCUGAUACGCUUGUCGUUAUCGACGAAGUUAUUUUACCCGAAAAUAAAAUUGGCACGUCAAAUGGGAAUGUCACUCCCCUUAACGACUCAGAUGACGUUAAUUUUGACUCUCGCAUCCUUGCCGAAGAAAAUCAAGAUAUUAUUAACGAUAAACUAUUUGUCGAAUGGCUAAAUUAUAAUUCCAAUCCGCCAGUCCCGUUUAGAUGCGACAUUGGCAAAGAUGGCGGCUUGUUUGCCAAAUUCGAAUUAAGUUUACUAAAGACAAUUCUCGAAUCUUUAUCACUUUUGAGCUCCAAGAUCGAGCAUCUUAUUUAUGACGGAAAUAGUAAUACUCCCUUAAGGUGUAAUAACAUACGGCCUAACAAUAAACGCAAGCAUUUUGAUGUAUUAGAGCCUAAUAUCGACGAAUCCGUGAUGUCGCAUCCUAAGACUACGGCCCUAUCCCGAAUCAUUUUAAAUAAUUGGUGCAACCAAACGCCGCGUACAAGAUUACGGGAUUCGAACGAAGGCGCAUCAUUUUUGCCGCCAAGGGAUCACAAAUAUUUUAUAAUUGUCGCCAACAUUUUUAAACCCGAAAAUAAUGAUCUCUCAGGGAAUGCCGAGAAUUUAUUCGACACGAUCGCGAGCAAAACUUACGACGAGUUAAUCCAGUCAAUGAAACAAUUUAUGGUGACCCAACUUGGUCUAAAAGUCGAAAUUUUGAAGGAGCUGGUUUGGGAUCAGAUGGGUUUGGGACACCUUAAAUUAUUGCUCAAAAAUAUUGACGUCAUCAUAAUGACUAAAGAAAUUCGCAGACCAAUGAAAUUAUCCGCUUUCGGGGAAUUGAAAGACGCCUACCGUCUCACCGUAAUACAUUAUAACUCUGACGUUUCCGACAUUUCAAGUCCCUUCCCGUCACGAGAUGAUGAUGAUGCGUCGAUACACCUACGAUUUAAUCGUCGGGAGGAGACCUCAUAUCAAUACAAACAAAAAGCCAGUUCUCACAAACCAACAUCCCAUUCUGCAUUGGCCCCUUUGACAGAUGUCGAUGAUUGCGUUUUCAACUCUGUCCUCAUUGUCAAGACUGAGUUCCACCAACACGAAGAUUUUCAAAUACCACAUUCGCCGAUGAAUGAUGCGAAGAAUAGCCUCACCCACCGCGAUAAUUCGGGGGUCACCUUGAUCAACAGAAAUUAUCGUAAAAUUUUUAAUCGAAUCGUCAAUGGGUAUUCUAAAAAUGUUCGCUAUUUCGCCGAUAUAAUAGUGAACUGUCACACCUGCGUUUGCAGGGUGGAUUUGCUCAGUUUGGGGAACGAAAACACAUUUUCGGUUACGGUGAAAACAUUGAUAGCCCUAAGUUUGAAAUAUCGAGAUAUUUGGAUAUUCCUGGAAUCUAAUCGACAGGGCAACAACGAUUGUUACCCGAUGAAAGGCAUAAUUCCUUACCUUGUAGCUAAGUUGAAAGCCCUAACUAUUUUAAUUCGCGAUACCUCGGCUUCAUAUUUAAAUCAACUGAUUUCGCCUGAUUUAACCGCGACUACCCGCCCAAAGUUGAAUGAUCACUUUACCACUCGUUUUAGAUUUGUGGACGUAUCCAGUCCGGUCGAAUUUGGGGAAUGGAUUGAUUUCGUGACAGAAAAAGCCCGCGAAAUGAACGAAAUUUCAUGUCCGGAACAAACGCUCAUCAAUUACUUGCCGGAUGACAGGGAAUCCUUUUCGUUAGCGUCACCAACCUUAAACUCUAUGCUCAUUCAGAUGUUAUUAACAAGAAUGUCAUCCAAAGGUAUAUGCAAUAUCGAUUUUAACCUUAUUUUGAGAUCCAUGAUGCGGGAUUUGGAGGAUUUUAAAGACGAUCCUUUUCAAUCCCUAGAAAAAUUUGCCGAAUCUGACAUCUACAGUCAACUACUAGAACUAGUCAAGCAUUGUGCCAAGCCACUUUUAGGCUUAGCUCUUUUUAACAUUCACCGUUCGACUAUAUUUGAUAUCGCGAAUGCCUCUUCCACCUCGCCAACUCUGUCUUCGAGAUCGUUAACAUACGCCGAAAACACUAGUCACGAUUUUGCGAUGACAUUUAAAGAGGACGGACGUGAUAUGAAUGAUGGAUCUGAACCUUUUACAUUUGAUAACUCCGUGAAAGAUACGGAAGAGUUUAUCGACAAGGAAGAGGAAGCGCCAUUUGUUUUUGAUAUCAUCAAUAUUGAAUGACAAUAUAAUCUUUUUCAUUUGUUAAAAAUUGUUGAGAGGAUGGUAGUUAUGUGAUUUUUGCAAAUCAUAGAAUAUAUUUCAA